AGGAUUCCUGGGAGAAGAGGCAGGAAAGGCCCCCUGUCAGUCAGAUCAGCCCGGGGGCCAGGGCCUCUCUGCCAUUCCUCUCCAAACAGAUGCCGUGGCUUCUGUGGCCCUUGGGGAAGUGGGUGGGUGAGCCCAGGCCAGGGCAAGGCCGGUGGGACACAGGGCAAAGGCCUAGCCCAAGAAGCACCCCCGAUGUGCCCUCCAGGGACGGUGCUCCCUUCCAUGCCUCUCCUUCGCCCCCUGACCUCCCUGAGCCCUGCCAGGCGGUGCUUACCUGAAGCCAGAGCCGGGGUGGAUUAACGAGCAGGGGUCAGAGGGUUUGAGGCCCGCACUGAGCCCUGCCUCCCCUGGCCAGGUUUCCCCAGACCUGCCCUGUGCCAUGGCAGGCCACCUUCUCCCCAUCUGCACCCUCUUCCUGGCCUCGCUCGGCACGGCCCCAGGCGCCGGGGGCCCCGUGGUACCCAACCAGCCCUUCGCCACCGUCUGGAAUGCAAACACCCAGUGGUGCCUGGAGACACACGGCGUGGACGUGGACGUCAGUGUCUUUGACGUGGUGGCCAACCCAGGGCAGACCUUCCUCGGGCCGGACGUGACCAUUUUCUACAGCUCCCAGCUGGGCACCUACCCCUACUACACGUCUGCCGGGCAGCCGGUGUUCGGCGGCCUGCCCCAGAACGCCAGCCUGGACGCGCACCUGGCCCGCACCUACGGGGACAUCCUGGCUGCCAUGCCGGCGUCCAACUUCUCGGGGCUAGCCGUCAUUGACUGGGAGGCCUGGCGCCCGCGCUGGGCCUUCAACUGGGACGCCAAGGACAUUUACCGGCAGCGCUCACGGGAACUGGUGCAGGGGCAGCACCCCGACUGGCCGGCGCCUUGGGUGGAGGCGGCAGCCCAGGACCAGUUCCAGAGGGCUGCGCAGGCCUGGAUGGCGGGCACCCUCAAACUGGGGCGGGCGCUGCGGCCUCGCGGCCUCUGGGGCUUCUACGGCUUCCCCGGCUGCUACAACUACGACUUCCUGAGCCCCAACUACACAGGCGAGUGCCCGCCGGGGGUCCGCGCCCAGAACGACCAGCUGGAGUGGCUGUGGGGCCAGAGCCGUGCCCUCUACCCCAGCAUCUACAUCCCUGCGGCGCUGGAGGGCACAGGGAAGGCACAGGCGUACAUGCGGCACCGAGUGGGCGAGGCGUUCCGUGUGGCGGUGGGCGCCAGGGACCCCGGUCUGCCGGUGCUGCCCUACGCUCAGAUCUUCUAUGACAUGACCAACCGCUUUCUGCCGCUGGAGGAGCUGGAGCACAGCCUGGGGGAGAGUGCGGCCCAGGGAGCAGCAGGAGUGGUGCUCUGGGUGAGCUGGGAGAACACAAAAACCAAGGGGGCAGCGCAGACUGACGGAGGACUCCGAGCCAGAGGGAGCGAGAUUCGGAUCUGCGCGGAGCCUGCACCCCGAGCAUCCUGGAGCCCGGCUUCAACAUGUUUCCAUUCCUGGGGCGUGACCAUGCAGCUAGGCGCGGCCCUGGUGCUGGGGGCGGCCCUGUGCCUGGGGUGUGGCCACCCCCUACUGCGGGCCCCCGCCCGCCCCUUCUCCGUGCUGUGGAACGUGCCCUCGGCACGCUGUGGAGCCCGCUUUGGCGUGCACCUGCCACUGGAGGCCCUGGGCCUCACAGCCAACCGUGCCCAGCGUUUCCGCGGCCAGAACAUCACCAUCUUCUACAAAAAACAGCUGGGCCUCUACCCCUACUUUGGGCGCAGGGGCACGGCUCACAACGGAGGCAUCCCUCAAGCGGUGCCCCUUGACCACCACCUGGCACGGGCUGCCUACCAGAUCCGCCACAGCCUGGGAACUGGCUUCGCCGGCCUGGCGGUGCUGGACUGGGAAGAAUGGUCCCCACUCUGGGCCGGGAACUGGGGCCGCCACCGAGCCUAUCGGGACGCCUCAUGGGCUUGGGCACAGCGGGUGUUCCCCCACCUGGACCCCCAGGAGCAGCUGCGCAAGGCCCGAACUGGCUUUGAGCAGGCGGCCCGGGCCCUGAUGGAGGGCACUCUGCGGCUGGGCCGGGCGCUGCGGCCCCGCGGGCUCUGGGGUUUCUACCGCUUCCCGGCCUGCGGCAACGGCUGGCACGGUGCAGGUUCCAAUUACACGGGCCACUGCCACGCGGCUACCCGUGCCCGCAACACCCAGCUGCGCUGGCUCUGGGCUGCCUCCAGCGCCCUCUUCCCCAGCAUCUACCUCCCGCCCAGGCUGCCGCCCGCGCACCGCCAGGCAUUCGUCCGCCACCGCCUGGAGGAGGCCUUCCGAGUGGCCCGCGCCGGGCACCCACAGCCCCUGCCUGUCCUAGCCUACGCCCGCCUCACGUCCCGGAGCUCUGGCAGGUUCCUGUCCCAGGACGACCUCGUGCAGACCGUCGGCGUCAGCGCAGCACUGGGGGCCGCCGGCGUGGUGCUCUGGGGAAACCUGGGCAUCUCCAGCUCUCAGGAGAAGUGCUGGCAUCUUCGUGACUACCUGGUGGGCACCCUGGGCCCCUAUGUGAUUAAUGUGACCAGGGCGGCCACAGCCUGCAGUCACCAGUGGUGCCAUGGCCAUGGGCGCUGCGUCCGGCGAGAUCCAGGACAGCUGGAAGCCUUUCUACACCUGCGGCCAGAUGGCAGCCCUGGAGCUUGGGAGUCCUUCCGCUGCCGGUGCUACGGGGGCUGGGCAGGCCCCACCUGUCAGGAGCCCAGGCCUAAGCCCGGGCCUGAAGAAACAGCAUGAAGCCAGGACACCUGCCGCCGCCCUCUGGCCCCUGCUGCCUUUCCCAGGCCUUGAGGGCUCUGCCCCACUCCGUGCUCUUCAGCUUAGCCAGUCCUCCCACCCACACACCCUGCCCCCCAUGGGUCCCUGGGGAGUGGAAGACAUCAGAAGGGAACAUUUACACGUGUAGACCCAGAGGCUCUCUGAGAUCACCUGAUCCCUGCUACAAAGGAAGCAGUCCCAGGGAGAGAGAGACGAGGUUCCAGAUGAUUAGGGUUGCCAACGGAGGGCUCUGUUCCUACACGCCACUGGGCCCACGGAGAGGUGGAAGGAGACCUGUCCCAGGGCAGGAGGGCCUCAGGAUCUUGGCUAAAGUCUGCGCACGCUUAAACUGUUGUCUGUACUUUGCUUUCAUCAUAAAGUCGCUUUUUCUUU